AUGCUUUCCGUUUUUCCUCCUCUCGCUCCUCUUCCUCCCUUCCUUUCCCUCCCUUUCCGUUUUUCCUCUCCUCCUUCAUCGUUUCCCCCUCCUCUCGCUCAUCUUUUCCCCCUCCUCCUCUCGCUCAUCUUUUCCCCCUCCUCUCGCUCUUCUUUUCCCCCUCCUCCUCUUGCUCAUCUUUUCCCCCUCCUCUCGCUUAUCUUUUCCCCCUCCUCCUGCUCAUCUUUUCCCCCUCCUCUUGCUCAUCUUUUCGCCCUUCCGCUCCCUCUUCUCUCCUCUUCUUCCUCCUCUCCCCUCUAUCAUCUUCCGUCUCCCACCAGGCCAUACCUCCAGAGGUUCUUGAGCCCUAUUGGCCGGCUGUGGCUUCCUGCGCUGCGAUUGGCUGGAGAGACACAGCGGUAUGUUACGGCUCUACUGCGUUUGCACUCGUCAUACCGAGAGGACCAGGUCAUUCAGAGGGAGGCAGAGAACGGGCUGGUGGAAGCAGUGGCAGUGCUGCUGGCCGAGAUGCCCAUUCUAUUCAACCCCUCUCCUUUCCCUCUCCACCCACUCCCUUCCCUUCCCACUUCCCACCCUCCCCUUCCCCUGCGCCCAGACGGCUCUACUUUGGUUGCACUCAUCAUACAGAGAGGACCAGGUGAUUCAGCGAGAAGCGGAGAACGGGCUGGUGGAGGCAGUGGCAGUACUGCUGGCGGAGAUGCUCACUCAUCCUAUCGCGAGGACCAAGUCAUUCAAAGGGAGGCCGAGAACGGGCUGGUGAAAGCAGUGGCAGUGCUGCUGGCGGAGAUGCUCACUCACCCCCUCCCCGUCCCGCUCCUCCCCACUUGCUACCACUCCCAGACGGCUCUGCUCCGCCUGCAUUCAUCCUAUCGCGAGGACCAACUCAUUCAGAGGGAGGCCGAGAACGGGCUGGUGGAAGCAGUGGCAGUGCUGCUGGCCGAGAUGCCCAUGCCGCUUGAGCCAAUGGCAGCGCACGACGCUGCUGAGGUGUCGGCGUACCACAGGCAUCAUGACCAUUGGAGGAACAGACUCGCGCGGCUGAAAGCCAGCCCCUUCUGGGCGGCAGCAGACGCGCCGGCCACCGAGAGGGCGCUGCUGGACCUGCUCGCCCUGCUGCUGGGAAGCUCACCCCUCUCACCCCUCUCACCCCAAACCCGCUUCCAGCAUCACGACCAUUGGCGCAACCGUCUCGCACGCCUCAAGGCAAGCCCUUUUUGGCCGGCGGCAGAUGCGCCGGCCACCGAGAGGGCGCUGCUCGCCCUGCUCGACCUGCUGUUGGGGAGCUCCCGGGCCGUUGAUGACGUGGCGCGCUCCCAUUGGCUGGAGCUGCUGGGGGCGCGGCUGUUGCACCAGAACCCGCAGGCGACAGCAGCAGCACAGGCAUCGCUCGCACUGCAAUGCUGGCGGGAAGCAGCAGCGGGCGGCGGUGGGAAGAGCGCGGGGACAUCCCAGCCGUUGGAUGCUUCGGAUCUCGUCCAGCCAUCGUUGGAUCGGCUCAUGCUGGCGUCCUUGUGCCAUGAAACAGAGGUGGGGAAAUGA